AUCACCUCGGCAGCACAUGCAGGUGGACUCUCAGGAUGCCUGGAAACAGAAAUGGGGAGGCGGUUCCACUCCCACCGGAUUUUUUAGACACUCUGGCUGACCAGGUCUGCCAGGACCUUAAAUGUGGAAGAGUUUAUGCUGUGAAUAAAACCACGCCGCCUCCCAACAUCAAGUGCUACCAGCAGUGUCUUUUCCGGGAUUGGCGUCUGCAGAAGUGCUUACAGGUAGAGAUGGCAGACUGCAUCAUCACCACAGAAGUGGUCUGUGGUCAUCACUCUGUUCGGCUGAAGGGACAUGAGGAUCAGUGCGCCGGGCGGGUGGAGGUCUGGAAGGACGGAAAAUGGGGUACGGUGUGUGACGACAGAUGGGACCUGAAUAAUGGCGACGUGGUUUGUGACCAGCUCGACUGUGGGAUCGCUAUCAGGGUGACGGGUCAGAAUGGAUUGUUCCCUCCAGGGAGCGGACCGAUUCACCUAGACGAGCUGAACUGCACCGGGAAUGAGCAGAACCUGUGGUUCUGUCCGGGUGUCCAGGAAAACUCCGACUGCGGACACAAAGAGGAUGCUGGUGUGGUGUGUUCAGAUUCAAAGGCGUUUUUUGGAGUAACCACAGAAGGUCCGAAAUUCAUUCGUCCUGCAGGCGGUCUGACUUCGCAACAUUUCAGCAUCGUAUUUCUGUCUAUUGGGCUUCUUGUUCUUGUUCUGCUGAGCAUGGUUUUCAUCCGCGUUUACUGUAAUUGGCACGCAAAGUUGAGAUCGGUGAGGACAACGGAGCAGACGGUUUGAACAACCUGUGGACGAUGAGGAGGAGACGAUGAAGAUGGACCAAAGCUUGAAGACGUGUCGGCUCUAAAAUACUGAUUAUUGUUAAAGAUCACUAGUAAUUAAAGGUAUAAUACAUAUUUAUCAUAAAUUAAGGCUAAUUAAAAAAUAAAUAAAAACUAUAAAAUGAAAAUAAACCAUUUCUCACUUCA